ACUGCAGCCUAGAAAACCCUAUGGGGGCAGUUCUACUCUGUCACAUGGGGUUGCUAGGAAUUGAAAUUGACUUGAGGGUACCUAACAACAACAUCUAAAAUUUUAUUUACUGAGUAUUUUCUUGCUAAGAAUUUAUGUUGGUUUUGGCUAACACUGAGCUCUUUAACAAGAUGCAAGUUAUGGAAUACAUUCCCUGUGCCAUUCAUGAAUAAAAAGUAGUUUAGAUGACCAGUUCCAAACUUAAAUACAGGGCCUUUGGUUGCUAAUGGUGAUCUGGUGAGUGUGGUUAAAUAGCUCAAGGGGGAAAAAACAAACAAACAAAAAACUAGCCUUAUUAAAGUACUGGGGUAAAAAGUCAAAGCACAGUUCUUUAUGGCAGGGGGCAGACAGUAUAUUCUUCCAGUAUGAAGAAUGUCAUUAAAAUACAUGCUCCUUGGCUUAUAACAAUUAAGGUGCAAAGUUACAAUGUAAGCAAAAUCUUAUGGGCCAAGGAAGGAAAGAUACUCUAAUCAAGGUCAUGAAGAAAUAGGAGAAUUAUGCUUAAUGGUAUGUGAAUAAUUUGUGCUGGAAACAUUCAGAAUAUUACAGUGGAAGUUCUACUUACAGUGAAAUGAUUUUCAUAUAUUAUGAACGACUCCAAAUAACUCUUUUAAGACAUAUGUUGCAGAAAGGACCAUCUUUAUAGAUGGUUUUUUCUAAACAAAUAUGUCAUAUGCAUUUACAAGAAAUGAUUUUUGUCUUCUCAUUUAUUCUACUAUACUAUGAAUAUAUUGAACAGAAAUUUUUAAAGGCAUAACUGUAGCUCUUUCUAAACAUCUCUCAUGCAAACAUUUGCAUUUUACUGCAUGUUUUUCGUUCUGUUCCUCAAAAAGAGCUCUGCGUGGCCAGUGUUAGUAAGCCCACCUUUCUGCUUUAGGAGGUUGAAAAACAAAAUAAUGUAAUGGGGUCUAAUUGUGUUUGCGUUCAGUACAGUACUGAUAUAAGUAAAAGAGGGACAAUUAAAUUUUAGAAUACUCAGCAAUGCUUUGUGUUUUGGACUAUUAACAAAGCUAAUUUAUUUGUUCUUAGGAAUGGUACAAUUCCAAAGCAAAAGUUUGAUGUCAUUCUAAUGAGUCUGCUUUCAAUUGUAGAGCAUAAUGCAGCCCUAGUAAAGAUUAGUAAGAAAUCUAUUUUAUUGUAGACAAUAAAUCUGAGAAGAAAAUGCUCAGCAUAGACUGAAGUUGAUCUGGCAUGGAGUUGCUUUAUGAAUUGCCCUUUGAGCAAACUCUGCAGUUCUUAUGUGGUUUUAAAUCACUGUAAAUUUGUAGGCAGGUACAUAUUACAAUUGUCUGUUUUUCUUUUUAGGGCUCAUGUAAUCAAAGAAGUUUCUUUGUUGUGUGUAUCUUUACAGAACACAACAGGAAUUGAAAAUGAAUCAGAACGCUACUGAGCCUGUGGCGGCCACCGAGACCCUGGCUGAGGUACCUGAAAAUGUGCUUCGAGGACUUCCGGAGGAAGUGAGGCUGUUCCCUUCUGCUGUGGACAAGACCCGGAUUGGUGUUUGGGCCACUAAACCAAUUUUAAAAGGCAAAAAGUUUGGGCCAUUUGUUGGUGAUAAGAAAAAAAGAUCUCAGGUCAAGAAUAAUGUAUACAUGUGGGAGAUUAUUUUUAUUAGAAAGAAAAUGCGUUUCCUUGGAUAUAGACUGCUGUUUACAUAUGCUUUUGCAGUUUGAAACUACUCAACAGUAAGUGUCAAGUGUACUUAUUUUAUUGCCUUGUUCAAGGUCUUGUGCUUUGCAGGUAAGACCUUGGCUUGCUGUGUGAUGGUCUGUCACUUUGUAGGCUUCCAGAUUUACACCAGAAAAGACACUCGUAGGUGGCUGCAAAUAAAAGCAUUAGGCUUAUCUCUGUGUUUUAGAACACAAUCUCUGUGUUGCUGGACUAUUCAGGGUUGGAUAUAUUUAGCACAUAGCAUAUUUAUAUUGAGCUUUAAACUUUUCAAAAGGUUUUCAUUCUAUUAAUUUCAUGUUCUCACAGCAAUCCCAGAAAACGGAACAGAGCAUUAUCACACUCCUUUUAGAGACAAUGCAGCGAGGAACAGGGAUGAACUGCUCCUCCUUGUGGAGGCUACAUCUUGUGAGUGGUAUGGAAGCCGAACUAGAACCAUGUUUACUGACAGUGAGGCAGUGAAAAAUGGCUUUACUGGGUUGCCUGGGUUCUAAUCCUGCCUCCAGCUUUGUGACUUUGGACAGGUUGUUUAACCUUUGGGCUAUAAAAUCUUCAAUUUAAAAAUAGGGAUGAUAAAAAAAAACACCUCAUUAGAGUAGUUGUGAAGAUAAAAUUUGUUGCUGUUGCUUUUGUUGUUUCCUGGAGAGUGCACGUGAAGUUAGCGCUUAUGUUGAAUUUAGUUCAAAUCAGGUGCUACUUACAUUCUUAAAGGAACUCCAUUUUAAAGCGAGGGAAGUGUUUGGAUGCUGAGGAAAAGCAUUCCUAUCAGAUUGUCUUACAUCGAAAUGCAUCUAAUUUUCCAACAUAAACAUAUUGUGGUUGUUAGAUGCUGUCGAGUCGGUUCUGACUCAUAGCGACUCCAUGUACGACAGAAUGAAAUGCUGCCCCAUCCUGUGUCAUCCUCACUUCAUUGCUGUGUUUGA